CUCGAAAGUCGACGUUACACCCUCUCUUCCUCGAUCUCCUCGAUCUCCUCGACAAUGCUGACCGAAAUCAUCGUCUCCGCAUCCUCCCUCCCUCCCCCUCCACCACCCGGAACAUCCUCCCAACAACCACCCUCAUCCUCAGACCACUUCAUCUCCGUCCACGACCUUCACGCCUCAACCCACCUCUCAACCUACAAAUCAACCUGUUCCCCCCUCCACGGCACCACCGUCUCCCCCUCCUACCUCCUAGCAGCGCAGGUGGACAAAGCAAUCCUAAACGUCUACCAAUGGAAUAAAGAAGCGUGCGACCAACGCAUCCCCCUCCCCGAAAAACUCGCCUGUAUCGCACUCUCCCCUUGCUCAACCUUCCUCGCCGCAGGCUCCGGCUCCGGUCGUCUAUUUCUCUGGGAACUCGCGUCAGGAAAUCUAGUCUGGACACGCGAAGCCCAUUACGCAGCCCUCACCUCUCUGGCGUGGACACACUCCUCCUCCCACCUCAUCACAGCCUCCGCCGACUCCGCAAUCCACGUCUGGCGUACCGCAGACCUCCUCUCCACCUCCACCUCCUCCCGCUCUGACGAGAUACAACCGGUGCAUACACUAUCGGCCCACACCCUCGCUAUAACAUCACUCCACGUCGGCGCGGGCUCGCAUCCACGGUUGUAUACCGCCUCCGAGGAUGGGACGAUUAGGGUCUGGGAACUCGGUACGGGAGAAUGCUUGACCACCUUUGUUUGCUCCGGUGCAGUUACCGCAAUGACCGUCGACCCAGCCGAACGCGCAAUCUACGCCGGUGCCCCCUCCGGCAGCAUCCACCUAAUCCCACUCUACCCCUCCACUGACGCCGGCGCCGUCGGCGGACUAGGCUCAAUCCACACCCUCACCACCUCCUCCGACGUCCUAACCGGCCACGAAUCACCCAUAACAGCCCUCUCCCUAAGCUUCGACGCAACCCUCCUCGUCAGUGGAGACAACGCUGGCCAGGUGCUGUGCUGGGACCUCGCGACACGCCAAAUGGUACGGAAAUUCAAGACGCACAAGGGACCUGUGAGUGGGUUGUGGUGUAUCCUGAAACCUCCCUCUCUGGGCUCCGGCUCCUCGUUAGGAGGCGCCAAAAAGACGGCGACGGGACAGAUACAGCCCCUCAAACGCGUACAAUCCGAACGAGACCGCGACGAGCACAACGUGGUAUUGUCGCUACAACCCAAUAUUCUGGAAGAGGAGGACCAAGAUGAGGAUGAUGUUGCGGCAGCCCGACGAGGUCUCUCAGAAUUCGGCACACAAGGCUCAGAAAGCACGCUUCGGACACAAGUCCAGACAUUGCAGGGGGAGUUGUCGAGGUUGUAUGGGGCUUAUGAGGAUUUGAGGGGUGUUAUGGAGGGGGUGUGGAGGGGGUUUGUUGAGGAGAGGGGUGGGAAGAAGGAAUAGGGAUAAACGCAAUAGACGGUGAUGAUAUAACCAUGAACGUUGGAGUGGUCAGAUGGUGGGAGUGGGUGAAUGACACCGAUAUCACCAAGGUCGUGCAC